UCACUGACUGCCCAGACAAUGAAACCUAUGGAUCGAAUCAUCGACGUUAAUGGAGUUCCUGUCAAGGACAAAGAUCUUUGCAAGAAAUUAGUGCUCAACAAUUUAGUGAUAAAUGGAGAAGCAAAUAUGAUCGUUGAGCGUCCUGUUGAAACUGCCGCCGUAGCUGUAAUGGCGAAAUCGAUGGCUAUGUCACAAAUGCAGCCACCAUCACUAGCUUUGCCUGACGAUGUGAAAUCUAUCUUACGUCGCUACAACGAGAAGUUAAAGCAGGGUCAAGGGAAGAUAGAACCUUUCCGCGCUCUCGUUGAUCCGAAUAAUCCAAAUCAAGUGAUACAACACCCAAAACGCGAGGCUCAUCUUGAUCCGACUGUUUCCCACAUCUCCGUGAUAAUUCCGACUGAUGACGAAAGUAGACUCAAUGAACUUGUGGUGAGCAAGAAUUUUAGUUCAUUCUGCUCAAAACUCAUCAUGUAUCCAUAA